CACUCCACACACACACACACACAGUCAACCUACAGCACCCGCUUUGACAAAAUGUUCAACAACAGCAUCCUGUUCGUCUGCCUGUGUCUCGGUCUGUACAGUGCAGGCUCGGCACUGAGCUGCAGGUGGAUGGACCAUAAGUUCAGACAGUACAGUGAGAACUCUCUGGAUCUGCUGCGUACGAUGGCUCAUAACUCCACUAACUCCACUGAGGAGGCUGAAGUGGAGGAGACUGUGGCCUUCCCCAACGAUCUGUACAGCCAGGCGUCCAAAGCUUCAGCGGAGGACAGACUUGGUUUCACGGUGCAGGUCCUGGACGAGGUGGUCGUCCUGUUCGAGGAGGAUCACAGCUCGGCAUCAUGGGAGGAGAGAGGAGUGGAGAACUUCCUCAACGUGGUGACGCAGCUGGCCGACGGCCUUCGCUCCUGUUUGAAGAGCCACAGCCACAAGAAGAAGAGCAAGAAGCUGCAGAUGUAUUUCAAGAGACUCUCGCGUCACGUCCUCGAGCAAAUGAACCACAGCGCUGAAUCGUGGGAACUGAUCAGGAUGGAAAUUCAAAGUCAUUUCCUGAGAACAGUCCAGCUGGUUUCACCUCUACUCACCCCCAACUAGAAUCUGUCCAUCACAUUAAUAAUGUGUUAAUUUAUCUAUUUAUUCAUUGUUUUUAUCUACCUAUCCAUCUAUUUAUUUAUCUAUGUAUUUAUGUAUUUAUAGAUUUGUUUGUCUAUUUAUGGAAUGAUUGGUUGGAUGUUCUUUUUUAAAUUUCCAGUGAGUAAAUUGCAAUAUGUAUUUCUUACAUAUCCAAACAAAUAAAAAUAUUCUUCCAGCAAAUAUAAAAGUGUUUAUUGCUGUCAUUCAUGUUGCAUAAACAAAGGAGAUUCAGAAUUUUUUUCUCUAAAUUGUUAUAAUAGCUUAUAUGCAUUUCUCUAU